CAGGUUUCUGUCCUCUACAUUGUACAUCAGUGGGAUUCACUCUGCUGGAACAAGAUAAUGUCGUCUUCAACCCGCUGAAGGAAAGAGAAUAUUUGCUCAUACUUAUGAUGAUUUGACAUACUUAACGUUUUAUUAACCAUGAUGGCAACACAGACAUUAAGUAUAGACAACUAUCAAGAUGGACAACAGAUGCAAGUAGUAACAGAGUUAAAAACUGAACAAGAUCCCAAUUGCUCUGAAACUGAUGCAGAAGGGGUGAGUCCUGCCCCUGUAGAAUCUCAAACUCCAAUGGAUGCAGACAAGCAGGCCAUUUACAGGCACCCACUAUUUCCCUUGUUAGCACUAUUAUUUGAAAAAUGUGAACAAUCUACGCAAGGCUCAGAAGGCACAACUUCUGCUAGUUUUGAUGUAGAUAUUGAAAAUUUUGUAAGGAAGCAGGAGAAAGAAGGAAAACCCUUUUUCUGUGAAGAUCCAGAAACUGAUAAUUUGAUGGUAAAGGCAAUCCAAGUUCUACGUAUCCAUCUGCUUGAGCUAGAAAAAGUUAAUGAACUUUGCAAGGAUUUCUGUAGCCGUUACAUUGCCUGCCUGAAGACAAAAAUGAACAGUGAAACUCUACUAAGUGGGGAGCCUGGGAGUCCUUAUUCACCUGUGCAAUCUCAGCAAAUUCCAAGUGCCAUUGCAGGCACGCUCAGUCCCCAAGGGAUUAUGGUGCCAGCAUCAGCAUUGCAGCAGGGAAAUGUAACUAUGGCAACGGUAGCAGGGGGGACAGUGUAUCAGCCAGUCACUGUGGUCACUCCGCAAGGCCAAGUGGUGACACAAGCACUGUCACCUGGGACUAUUCGGAUCCAGAACUCUCAGCUUCAGUUGCAAUUAAACCAAGAUCUAGGCAUCUUGCAUCAAGAUGAUGGCUCAUCGAAAAAUAAAAGAGGAGUUCUUCCCAAGCACGCUACAAACGUGAUGAGAUCUUGGCUUUUUCAGCACAUAGGGCAUCCAUAUCCAACAGAGGAUGAGAAGAAACAGAUUGCAGCACAAACGAAUCUGACACUACUCCAGGUUAACAAUUGGUUUAUCAAUGCUAGAAGGCGAAUUCUUCAGCCUAUGCUGGAUUCCAGUUGUUCUGAAACUCCAAAAACAAAGAAGAAAACAGCUCAGAACCGACCAGUUCAGAGGUUCUGGCCUGAUUCCAUUGCCUCAGGAGUUGCUCAGCAGCAAUCUAACGAGCUCACGAUGUCAGAUGGUGCUGUUGUAACAAUUACAGCUCCAGUCAACAUGAAUGUAGACAGUCUCCAGUCUUUGUCCUCCGAUGGUGCUACUUUGGCUGUUCAGCAAGUUAUGAUGGCAGGGCAAAGUGAGGAUGAGUCUGUAGACAGCGGUGAAGACGAUGGAGGAGACCUCUCAACAACAAAUAUCAGUGGGCUGGUCUUGGAUAACAGCGAUUCUCUGCAGUAGGAAGCAAGAGAGUGUGACAAAAUGUUUAGGAAAAAGAAUGGACUGACUGACUGACUUUUUAUAGUUUGCACAGCAAACAUUUUACACAAGUUUUAUUUCUAAUAUGUUUUAUAUGUAGAUAUAGAAGGGUGCACUUUUUUGUAUUUCAUAGUAAGCUUAAAGAGUGUUUUUGCAGGUGCAGCAACUUCUUUCAAAUGUGUUUUUUCAUUUCUUUUUCUUUUCUUAUUUCAGAAAAUUAUAUCUAGUAAUAUAAAGAACCACAUAAGCACCCCUUUGUUCUGUGAAUUGGAAGUGCUGCAGUUUCUAAAGGAUUAUGCGGUUUCAGUUAGUGCUGUUAUUUAACACAGCUCUUGAUGGGGAGGUGAUGUAAAUUUAAAGCAUGUGACACUAGUGUGUGGAACUUGAUCAUUAAGUUAGAUGCAUAUAUUUGAAAGAUGCUUCUGCACCUUAAAAACUGCUAGUCUGAGGUGGACAGCAACACACAUAAAAAGAAA